UAUACCAGCCUAUUUUGUUUCUUCUUAAAUUGUAUUGCUCCUCAGCACCUGUCCCAGCUUCAUGUGAUAGCUGCAAGCUGCACUUGCCACUGCACGCUACUGUACCAUGCUCCGGAGCGCCACAUGGAAGAGAGCAGGUCUGGAGCAUGCUCUUCAUCCAUCAUUGAAGAGAAAUCCCACGCUCUUUUUGCAAAUGGAGCACAGCAGCAGCCUAGUUCAUCAUGGGUGCAUCUUCCUCUAUCACUUGUGCUUCUCGCUGGAAUCACAAAAACGCCAUGACGUGUGCGUUGCAGCCCCAUUAAAGAAGAGGACGUUGAAAUGAGCUUCUCUUGGGCUUAGCAUUGGUUCAGUUGAAAUCCAGAUGAUGGUUCUGGCUUGGCUGUGAAUAUCAAGUACUCAUACUGUGUGUUUCCCAUGUGUUGUUGGGAAAUCAUCUUGUUCCCUUUCUUGCAUGUUAUGUGAGCCUUGCUCAUACCGCUGACAGAGGGAAGUGAAGAAACCGCUUGUCUUCAGAAAUGUUUUCAGCCAGAUGUAAGAAAUGUUGCACAUGAAGCACUGUGUCUUCAGGUUAAUUAACUUGCUGGAACAUCUUUGUCUUUAUGUGUAGUUGACCCUUUAUGCACUUAAAUUGGUGUUCAGCACAGCUCCUAGCUGAUGAUUGCACUUAACUUAUGAUGGAAGCAGCUGAGAGGAGGAGAGAGAAGGUGCUUAGUAGAACUAAUUCAUCUGGAUAUCGGCUUGAUAAAUCCAAGUCAGGAUUGUGAGGAUUUGCUUCUCACUUUCUUAUACAUGGCCUAGACUGAAACCAGCAACCACUCCAUUUUUUUUUUCAUCAAUUCAUUAAGUGUUGGGUAUUUUAAAUGCCGUGCAUCAAGUUGAAACAAUGCAGUCUUGCUGUAAAGUUGGGGAAAGUGAUGUCUUGCUUUCAGGGCCGCAGUUUGGUUGCAGUGGAUUAAACCACAGAGCUGAGCACAGUUCUUUGGGCCACAGCAGCAGCAUGCUGGUUAAACAUGGGAUGGUUGAAAACAAAAAGGGUCUUCACUUCCAGUUAGAGCUUCUGCAGUGCUGUGUGAGGAGCAGCGCUGGGUUUUGGUGUGAUUCAUGGGACUCGUGUACAAGCACAGCACUCUGCCUGCUCCCAGCGGCUUGCACAGCUGCAUCUGUUCCUUAUUUUGUAGCUUGCACUUUGCUAUGAAGAUUGUUUGUAGUGAAAAAUAGCUGUCCUGACAGCAUCUUACAGUCCUUGGUCGUGCAGGAAUGGGACGUGAGAUUCAAACUCAGCUAAAUUCUUGACGUUGCAGAGGAAGAGGGUUUCUCCGAGAUCUUUUCUAAGAUUGUCAGGUCCAACCAGGUGAUGUGGACAUGUAUCAAGUGAGGGAGGAGGGAGGACAGGACUGGAGGAGCAGAGGCAGUGCAACUCAGUACCCAGACUCGAGCUCCUGGUGCUUUCUGAAUGGCUUGUGAGCAAUGAGUCCAGCUUGGUACAACUGCAGAUGGAAGGAGAAGAUGCUGAUGUGGCGCAGCAGCCUGGUGGCACGUCCCAGAGGUCACUUUCCAAGUGGUCUUUUCCUUGCUGGACACAUGGGUGGCCUUACAGAGACAGAAUUCUCCUUUGAAUUCAGCAUCGUUCCAUUUAGUUUUGUUGCCCUUUGGAUUGAAGAGAGUUUAUUUUACUUUGCUGUGGAGAUACUGGCUUGUCCCUAUCGUGUAGAUAACACAAGCCUUUAGAAUAUCUGUGUCUGAAGCAGAGUAGUUCUGGGCAGUCCUGACAGCUUCCCAGGUAAUGGGAAGUUGACUGCUGCCUGUCUGCCACUGAUGUCACUGAGCCCAGCAUUCUGGGUCAGCAACUGCACCCAGCUCCUCUCUCAAGCCUGAGUUAAAUGUUGCACAAUGGCGGGGUAUGCCACAGCUGUAAUUACAGGCAGUGGAUGGGAAAUAGGUUUUGAAUACCUUGAGCAGUUCUUAAAACGCUAGGAUUUUCACCGAGCCAAAAAAAAGAAGUUUGAGUCUUUCAAAGCGUAUUUCAUCUCCCUCUAUUUGGGCAAGGUGUGUUCAUAUUAGGCCAAAAGUGCACACUUCUCUUCUGUUGGAAGAAAUAGGUUAAAAAUAGUGAAAUGGUGAUGUGCUUUGAGGCAGGUUGGCCACAGCCCCGCAGUUUUGAACAGGAGGGCUUGGAGAAGAAGCUGUUGGCAGUGGCUCGGGCUUCUCAAGGUUCCCAAUGCAAGCACCAUGUGCUGCCCUUGCCAGGAACCAGGAACCUUCCGAAAACCACCAUUGGGUGAGCACCUAGGGAAAUAAAUGCCCCGAGGAAUGAAAGCAGCAUUGGUUCCCAUCAUACAGGGAUGCUCAUUCUUGUGGAACGUUGUCAGGAUGGGAAACGUGGGCAGAACUCGGGAAAUAUCGUCAUUAUUUAAUGGUGACAGCAGUUCUGCCAGUGGAGCUGGGAGAGAUCCCAUCCAUCAGAAGGAGCUGAAAUGUCCUUGCCACUAAAACCCACCUGCGGGCACACGGUGAGUGCGGUCAGAGCCAGUAGCAAAAACUGUGAGUUCUCACAGGGGACAAGGACAGGGAGCAGUAUGCCAGCCAGGCUCUCGUGUCAGCUAAAGGAGGGCUUCACUGAGCCCCUGGGCUCCAUAAGUAGAGGUGCAGGGAAACAGUGGAGUCAGUUUUGCUCCAGUUCUUGUUAAAAAUACGGAGUUGGGGAACAAAUAAGUUGUUACUCUAUUUUUUUCCUUUUUGGAAGUGGCCUGAAGAGGUAGCCUGGAAGAGGCACUUAAAGGGGAGCAGGGCUGUGUGCCAGCACCCCUGUACAGCUGAGCUGCACCCUGGUGCUUGGUAAAUGCCACAGAGCCGGAUGCUGGAGCAGGAGGCGAGGAUGGGAAGUGACCUUUCAGAAGACCCGAGCAGCUCUGGGCAGCGCUUGUCCCCAUGCCUCCUGCAGUUCGCACGUGUGGUGUUUCCCAAAGCCUCCCAGCCGCUGGGCAGGUGCCACGUUUGCUUUUGCACGGCCUUAUAAAACGGAGGCUUGGAGGCUUUUCUGCUCCUCCCCGGGGGCUGAAAGCUGCGUGGCUCUGUCUCCCUUGUGUGCCUUUUUUUAUGGCUGGCCUGAACAUUACCAUCGCCUUUUUCUUCCUGGUGCUUGGCACGUGCGAGACGCUCAGGCGGCUCUCCAAGAGGCUGCUGUCCCCAGGGCUGUCGGGGUGCCUGGCUGCGGAGCUGGCCGGCUCGCUGCAGCUGUGCUCGGGCUGCCUGGAGCUGAGGAUGCUGCUGGAGAUCGGCCCGUGGGGCGGCCUCGGCCCCGACGUGGUCCUGACCCUGCUCUUCCUCCUCUUCACAGUUCACGCCGCCUGCGCGAAUGGAGCAGCCGCCAACCCCACCGUCUCUCUCCAGGAGUUCCUUCUCCUCGAAUGCAGCCCUAUGGCCACUGUGGCCAAACUACUGGCCCAGUGUGUGGGCGCGGGGAUGGGCUGGGCCCUCACCAAGCUCUACUGGUCCUGGGAGCUGACCCAGCUCCACCUCAUCCAGAACCUGAUGGCUUCUGAGUGCAGCUCCUCCAUCCGCACGUCCCCCCACCUGGGAGCCCUGGUGGAGGCUGCCUGCUCCUUUCUCUUCCACCUCGUCCUCCUCAGGGUGCGCCGCAGCCUAGCCGCAUGCCGGGUGCCUGUCCUGGCAGCCACUGUCACCUUCCUGACCUAUGCAGCCGUGCCGGCCACGGGAGCCUUCUUCAACCCUGCCCUGGCCACCGCCAGCACCUUCCUGUGCACAGGGAGCAGCCUGUGGGACUACAUCCAGGUGUACUGGCUGGGGCCCCUCGCAGGGAUGCUCGCUGCCCUCUUGCUCUACCAAGGCAACAUCCCGAGGUUCUUCCAAAAAAACCUGCUGUAUUGCCAGAAGAGCAAAUACAAGAUACCCAAGGCCAGGGUGACGCAUGCAGAAGAUGGAGAACAGCGGCAGCAGGGGAAAGGGGGGAAGAGCAGCCCUGCACCUCGUGCCUGAGCCCCUCUGCUGGGAGCGGGUGUCCUGGCACGGAGCAUUUUGCACACCCAAGCCUGCAAUGCCAGUCAUGGUGGGGAAACCAACGUGUUUGCAGAAAUUACGGAUUGUCUGGUGUGUGCAGGAAGCUUGCAGAAACUCAGGACUAUUAUGUGGGCACGCUUGGGCAACUCCCAGGUGGUUGCAUCAUGCCAUACUUGAAAUAAUCUGUCUGUGUCUCUUACAGCCAUAAAAACAGAGUGUCAACCAGUAACUGCUUUUUAAGUCCUGGAGACUUGGGACGAGGAGGAAGCUAUCUGUAAAAUUUGGCAUUAUUUGAGUUAAACUGAGGUCCCCAAAUUGCACAGCUCAGGGAGAAGGGUUUAAAAUGCUCUGAAAUUCCCAGCAGCAGAGCACAGCACGCCCUGCUCCCCCAUGUGAUGCUUGGCCUGUGUUUUGCGUGCAACUGGGGAGCUGCAAGGUGACAAUAAUGGGUUCAUAAAGUGUCUUUGGUUAAAAUAUGUGCCUCUGGUAUGUGGUGGAGGUGGGUGGUUGCAUGCAAGCCCCCGCCAGCCCCAGCCCUGGGCUGCUCUCUGUGGCUAUGUGAAAUGUCCCUGCUAACACAGCGUUCUGUGAAAUAAAUGUUGCAAUUGGCACUAA